ACAUGCUUUGGUGCUGCUGUGGGGUUGCAUUUAGUUGUUGCUGUUGUUGUUUUUAACUCGAUCUCCUCAACCGGUUGAGAGUGGUGCCUUAUGCUGAGUUGCUGCUGCAGUUGUUGUCCAAGUUCGGAGGGUUUUAUGCUGCGCUCGAUCUCGACACAUGUAGUCGGGCGGUGGUGGCCAGCUGUGCUUGAUAACGAGGCAGGCGCGCGAGUGAGUCGUGGCUACAGUAGUAGUGGUGGUAGUGCCGUGGUAAUGCGCUGGUGAACCCUUCUGGCGGUGAUCUGAGCACGCGAGGUUAACAGUUCCGAAUCCCCGGUCCAACGGAACAGUUUCCGCAAUCAGUCUGGCUCGUGCUGCUAACGCAUAACGGUGGAAUGAUUCGUGCACUCAAGUGUCCUCGAUAAGAGCACGCGUGCCCCGAUUGGUGAUAUCCGCCGGACUUGAUGCGGUGUAGGAAGUGAGAAAACAAAACAAAAAAGAAGUAAAACAAUAGUGAUUUGUGAUUUUUACGUGUUUACACUAAUUUUUGGUGAUAUAAACAAAGUGAGCUCCUUCAGCGGCAGAUAAUUGGAUAAUAAAAGCGAACGCGUGCCAAGACUGCCAGCCCAUCGUUGGCAAACAGUGAAUGAAUCGCAAAUUAACGCAUUGCUACAAAUUGGUCCUAUUGAGCGCGCGAGUUUGUGUGUGAUUGUGUACGGCGAAGAAAAGCAGAACAACCAGAACAGCGAACCGCUUAUCAGCCCGGUGUUAAUUGUUUGCCACUAUUGAACCCGGAGGGCCUGCACACGCCUCGGUGGAACCAAAUCGAACCAUUCGGCCUGAUCUGGAACGAAAAUUGAUAGUGACAACAGAGUUCCUAUUGUGGAUGGUGUGAAUUUGAACUGGAUUUUUGGUAUUUUGGGUUUCGGACUCUGCCGGUCGUGCCAGCGUUCGGUGACUUUUGACGAGAGUUAGCGAGGAGUCGAUAACGCCGAUAACAAGAUUGUUAAACAGUCGUUUUGAGCUGAUAGCUAAACUGAGAUACUGCAGACUAUCUGGACUAGUGACGUGGCGAGUAGUGUUUGUUUUUUUGGCUCUUUAAGUUGCGUCAGAGAAUGGAUAGACCGGUAGCCGAGUGAAGUUCUGGUCCCGAUCCUGAGUACAUUAGCGUGCAAUCGACACAAAGCCGGUUAUUUCAAUUUUUUAAGAUGAACCAACAGUGCAAAGUUUGCGGUGAGCCAGCGGCCGGUUUCCACUUUGGAGCGUUCACCUGUGAGGGAUGCAAGUCGUUCUUUGGCCGAUCAUACAACAACCUCUCCUCAAUCUCCGAGUGUAAAAAUAACGGAGAAUGCAUCAUCAACAAAAAGAAUCGCACAGCAUGCAAAGCCUGCCGACUGCGCAAGUGCCUUAUGGUCGGAAUGUCCAAGAGUGGUUCCCGCUAUGGACGACGAUCAAAUUGGUUUAAGAUUCACUGUCUGCUGCAGGAACAGCAGCAAGCCGCCCAGCAGCAUGCUGCAAACAAUCAGAAAGCUGGACAACCUCCGGUACACGGGAUGUUCGGUCCUCCUGGGGCUUACCCUCACGCAAUGUAUCGACCUCCGUGUACCAAAGAAGAACUUAUGCUCCUCGGACUGGAAGAGUACAGCAAGCACCCGUCGGCAUCACCUUCCGUGAGCUCUCCCGACAGCCAUAACUCGGACAGUUCCAAUGAGAUCAACGAUCGCCGAAAUGCGCUGCUGCGCCAAGGAAAACUCCACGAUCCAUCCUCGAUGAACAAAGAACUAUUCCUGCCAAUUCCCUUCGGAGGACUUCCGCUUAUGCCACCACCAGGCUUCCUUCCACCAUCCCACCUUAUGUUCCCGGGUUUCCAUCCGGCAUUAUACCCACACCACCAGGGUCUACUGAAGCCGGCUGAUCCAACGAUUCUGAGUAGUUCGCCGCUUGCAAACAACAACAGUCGCUAUACACCAAAUCACAAUACUAGCACUAACAACAGCAACUCAGUGCCGACGGAAACUAAAUCACCGGACUCGUUUUCGAAACGAUUCUACCUGGACGCCAUCCUGGAAUCGCAAAGGUGUCCUAGCAACGAAACUGCCGGUAGUGCCAAGGAAGAACCCGAACCGGAGGAAGUCGUUCCAGCUACAAUGACUCCGCCACGAUCACCCACGGUAACCCGUACAGUUCAGCAGGAUAAUCCAAUCGAUCUCAGCAUGAAAACGGGCAGUAGUUGCUCUUCCGAGGACCACCGGACAUCGAUGUCCGGUGUGGAUAGCGACGAUGAGCAUCUGGUCGUUGUUUCCAAUGAUCGAAACUCUCCCCCGGUCGGUUCCUCAUUGCUUCCAAAAUUCACCAACAAUAACAGCCUACCGAGCAACAACAACAACCACCACAACCACCACCAUCAUAAUCAUCACCAGCACCAUCACAACAACCACCAUCAGCGGCACCAGAGUUCCUCGUCUUUGGUGCGAGGGAGCGGGAGUGACUCUGAAAUGGAAGACACAGAAACCGAAUACGAACGGGAAGUAAAGCGAAUGAAACUGCAGGGAACGACCCCGCUAGAUCUAACGACGAAAGUUUGAGAAGGCUUGCUAACAUUCCCUCUCUUCCUCGUGCUCCCGGGAAAAAACCUAAACUGUGACACAAGUCAUGUGGACCCACCAAAACAUAAUCAUAAUAUUACGGAAAGUCGGGCUAGUGUUUGUUGUUUAAAUAGGAGGAACAUAUAUUGCCGUUCAGGACAUGAAGCAAUUAUAUUCGUGUUGGCAUUAUUUGAUUUGUAUGAAAAGAAAAUUAAUUAAUCCACAGGAUACUGGUUAGUAUUGCUGGUUUUGGAGAGUUAUCUUUGUGGUCCAGCUCAUGUAACCCGAAUCAGUUGGCAAAUGGACAGAUUGAAUUGUUGAGAGAUUAAUAGAAUGACAUAUUUACCAAAUACAUGAUCAGUUUUUGUCAUCCUUUUUCAACUAAAACGAAAAAAAGUAACGCGGCAAUAAAAGUCCUCGUGAAAAAUUUAGUUUGAAUUUGUACAUAGUAUAGCAUUAUACGCUCAUUGACGAGUCUAAAUGAAUAAAAGAGAGUGCCCCUUGACAAUAGAAGUAUAAUGGAUGGCAGACAGUGUAUUAUAAAAAGAAGUCGCUUAAGGCCAGUUCACGAACAAACAAAAAUAUGUGCCAGUAGCAUAAUUGUAAAAAGUUUAGUUAUAUAGUUUUGAAUUUGAUCUGAUUUGAUGGAAGCAGAAAUCAAAACAAACAAAAAAGGACAAAAUGGUCAGUAAGAAUUACGGUUUUAUUUCUUCCGCUGAACGGAUUCGACAAACCAAAUUUUAUCUAAAUAGGAAAACUUGUACAAUGCAUCAGUAUACAUAAAAUAACAACCCAGGUUGUAUCAUGUUAUAAGUCUAAAUAUUUAUUUUCCUCUAGCAGUGACAGAAUAUCCUCCACUGAUACCUCCUCAUACGGCCUUUACAGUACGGCUCUGCUGUGCUAACUACUCUACGGCUAGACUUGUCCAAACACUCCAUCGACUCUUCAGUUCUCCGAAGAACAAGGGUCCGCUUUGAGGUGGCUUCCCACUCCAUUCCGUCAGCUCCAAGGGCUUUACCUAUUGCAGUCAUUUCUGUCAUCGUAACAGGCGCACUUGACUGCAACACAUACAGAAACCCUGCAGCAGCAGCUGUCUGCGUCGAUCUGCACCAUUUUCCAGCUACUGGAAUUUCAGUGCUACCAACCGGGAACUGGUCGGUGCUGAUUAAGCACAUACAAAUUAAUGUCAGUUCUCAUCCAAUAUCAUCAUCAUUUUUCUUUCAUCUUUCUUCCCCGGCCUGAGCUUGAACUACUCGCAGCUUGCACAGGUACUAAUCUCCUCCGCGUCUGAAGGUGUGAACUGGUGGGAUCGCAGUGAGAAACGCAUAAAAAUCUUGAUACAUAUAUAACGAGCGCAAAUCCCAAAAUCGCUCGGGGGCAUCAAUUCUAAUAAAUCGGCAUUGUACAAGCAAGCGACAGCCGAGUCGAGAUUAGUGGACCCCGGGAGCCUCUUUUUUCUCAUCAUAAACCUACGCUUUUUCCCGCGCUAUCUGUAGUGCAGCUCUCGCGAACAGAUCCAGUUUAUCUCAUAAGCUUCCCGUCCCGCCAGUACUUUGAAAAAAAAAACUAUCCUCCAACAAAAUAAGGCCGUUUACACAAAUCGCACGUUAAGUCGAUCCCAGCAACCACAAAUCACUUGAGCGAGAGACCUUUCUCGAAACCCCCCAAGCAAAUCUGUAGCAAAUAGAUCCUCUUUCUUUCGCUCACCAACAUACAUACAUACAUACACACACACUCUCACACAAAUGACAGUGCGCACUGUUUAAUAGUCCAAUUUCUCAUCAUGUGAUGAAAAUAAAAUUAAAGCUGUAAACUUCCUCGAGCAAAGCACAGUCGAAAUGACCAAGAAAUCCCGAACAGGUAGACAAACACAAACAUCGAGCUCUAGCGCAUCUACUAGACGCGCGAAAUGAACAAACGAAAGAAAGCAACAAAAAAAACAGAGUUGUUAAAUUAAGGUUAGUUAGUCCAAUGUGUAGUUUAAUUUUGUUUUUAAGUGGAACCCAUAAAACACACACGCAAGACACACCGAGUUGUGGUACAGUUUUAAUUUGGGACCAAUUUUUACGCAAAUGGGAGAAAAAAAAAUCGAGACACACAAACACACAAACUGCGGUACGUGAGAAUUCGCCUCAUAGACAAUAAAUCAUAAUAGUAGAAGGGCAAAAACAAGUUUGAAAAAUUAACGAAAUAGUGAUCUAUUGGUGUGCAAACGAGAAAGCUCAGUCAAACUUUUAAACGAGAACUGUUGUGAAAUGUUUUUUUUGUCAAUAGCUUAGCGUUGAUGCAUAUCAAAAUAAUAUUUUAUAAACAGUUUUAGAUUUAGUGACGCCAAGGUUUAACGUAAACAAAUUGUUGAUUAUUGUAAAAAAAUAGCUUUUAAGGAAGGCAAAAUUUUAAAAACU